AUGCAAUUAUCAUAUGAUGAACUAUGUCAAAAUAAAUUGUUAGCUUUUACAAUAUUUUCUAAAGUUAAAGCCCCUUAACAAUUAAUUGAAGUAAAAUAAAAAGUUUAAAAAAGUAAGGAGAUACUGCUGAAUUUAAAUUGGCAUUAUAAGAACAUAGAUCAAGGGUUUCAACUACUUUAUAUUGUUCAGUACUAUCGACAUUUACUUUCUGUUUGAUAUUGAAAAUAAGAAAUCCUAUAUAUGCUUUGACAGCAAGGUAUAUAAAAAUCAAUAUAAAAUAAGAUCAUCUUUUUUUGGAAUAUUAAAAAAAUAUUACUUUAUUCCAGUUUUGCUUGCAUAACCUUUUUAAAAAUAAAAUAGGUAACUUUAUGAUGAUAAAGUGAAUAAAAUUUUGAAAAAAUAUGAUUUCACAUCUUCUGACUUUUAAGAAGCAUUUAAAUAGAUUGAGGCUAAUGGAGGCAUAAAGAAAUUUAUGAAAAAGUAUAUAACAGAGAAAGAUGAAGAACUAUAGUAACCAACUUAGUAGACAUAAUAAUGAG